AUGAUUGCGUUUACACCCCUCAGUACUGGUUAUGAAGAAAAUGUAUACAAACUUAUUGAGACAAUGAUGGGGAACUCAUCAGUCGCGCGACUCUACGCUGUCUUUAUAUCGAACCCUCUAAAAAAUGUGCCAGUAUUUUUUCAAAAAAGUAGCAAUUGCGUGAAUGGACUUGUCGUGUGGGACUACCACGUUAUUGCCAUUGAACGACUUGCAGUGGGUAACUCCUAUCGGGUUUAUGAUUUGGAUUCGACUCUGAGUUUUCCCUGUGAUGCAACUCAGUAUUGGCGCAAAGCCAUUCGUUCAAAUUCGGAAUUCCCGCCAAAGUAUGAAAGAUACUUUCGUAUUGUGGAUGGAGACGUUUAUCUUCGCCAUUUCGCCUCAAAUCGGAGCCACAUGCGUGAAGCCGGUGGUUGGUUGGCUCCGCCUCCGGUGUAUGAAGCCAUUUCAACUGCUGAAUCAACUCACAACCUUCCUAAUUAUAUUAACAUCUCCCAUGCCGAAGUAUGUCUCCACUCCUGUUCUGAUGACCAAUUGGAGUCCUCGCCUUUUGGUCGAGUGCUUGCGGAGGAUGCGUUUUGUUCAUUUUUUAAUAUAACUCCCUGA